UGUUUUCCAGUGCAAGAUGGCGCCAGCAUACAAAAUGUGCACUAAAUGAAGAAUGUUAUGAAUGCUCCACAUCUUCGAAAACUGCCUCCAGCUCUCAGUUCUUGCAUGAUUAUUGUAUUUAGGAUUUUUGAAACCUAAAAGACAAACCUACCUGUAUUGUAUGACUCAUUGCGGACGUUGUGGUCACACAUAUAGAAGUAGGGCAGCUGACUUACAAUGUGCGUGUGUGUUUUUGUGUAUGAUGCUUAUGCUUGUGUGGGUGUCCAGGUGCCCUGUGGAUGUGCAUCGUACUGAACCCCCAUUGCAAAUCGGAGCAGAAGUCAUCGUGGCUGCGCCAGCUGCGCAGAUGGAACAGCGUGGACGUCUGCCCCUGGGAGGAUGGUAACCACGGCAAUGAACUGCCCAACCUCACCCACUCAUUGCCUCAGGGUGCCCAUGGCAACCAAGAGAUGCGCCCCCACAGGACUGUGUUCACACGGGCCAUUGAGGCCUGUGACCUACACUGGCAGGACCGACACCUCCAGCACAUUAUCGCCAGUGACCUCUAUGCCAACUACUGUUACCAUGACAACCAGGACGGCUCCCUUUUUGAUACACGGGGCUGGCCCUUGUGGCAUGAACACGUCCCGACGGCCUGUGCCAGGGUGGACGCCCUGCGAUCGCAUGGUUACCCCAGAGAAGCCCUUCGGUUGGCCAUCGCCGUGGUGAACACGUUACGGCGGCAACAGCAGAGGCAACUUGAGCACUUCCGCAGACACAAGAAAGAGUUGCUGCAUAAAGGCCAUACUUCCAUAACCAACAUGGAGGGCUGGGUGGGACACCCCCUGGAUCCCAUCGGGACCCUCUUCAGCACCCUGACAGAGCCGGGACGAGGGGGGGAGGAGGGCUCCAACACCUGCUUAGACCUGUCAGACUGCUCCAGUGUUGUAAGUCGAGCAGAGCUCCAGCGAAUGCCCGUGCAGCGAUUACUCGGAGACGGGGAAUCGUACGUGGCGCUGGCAGUGGAGACGGCUCUGAUUGGCUUAGGCCAGCAACGGGUGAUGCCCGACGGUCUGUACGCUCAAGAGAAGGUGUGUCGCAACGAAGAGCAGCUAUUGGCCAAGCUGCAGGAAGUGGAAGUGGACGACUCCCUGGUCAAAAUCUUCCGUAAACAGUCCGUCUUUCUGCUAGAGGCUGGCCCGUACUCUGGCCUCGGAGAGAUCGUCCACAGAGAGAGUGUUCCCAUGCACACCUUCGCCCGCUAUCUCUUUACCUCGCUCCUACCUCACGACGCUGAACUGUCGUACAAAAUUGCACUGAGAGCCAUGCGGUUGCCUGUGUUGGAGUCGACGGCCUCGCCUGGUGACCUGUCACGACCCCACCACAUCGUGUCCGUGGUGCCCAACCGAUAUCCCCGCUGGUUUACCCUGAGCCACAUAGAGUCUCAGCAGUGUGAGCUUGCCUCCACCAUGCUCACUGCUGCCAAAGGUGACAGUCGCAGGCUGGAGACAGUCUUGGAGUCCAUCCAGAAAAACAUUCACUCCUCGUCUCACAUCUUCAAACUUGCACAAGAUGCGUUCAAGAUCGCCACUCUGAUGGACAGCCUUCCUGACAUCACACUUCUCAAAGUCUCUCUGGAGCUCGGACUGCAGGUCAUGAGAAUAACUCUAUCCACAUUAAACUGGAGGCGGAGAGAGAUGGUGCGCUGGUUAGUCACAUGUGCCACUGAAGUGGGUGUGUAUGCACUGGACAGCAUCAUGCAGAGCUGGUUCACCCUCUUCACCCCCACAGAAGCCACCAGUAUCGUGGCCACCACCGUCAUGUCCAACAGCACCAUCGUCCGCCUUCACCUGGACUGCCACCAGCAGGAGAACCUGGCCUCGUCUGCCCGGACCCUCGCCCUGCAGUGUGCCAUGAAGGACCCCCAAAACUGCGCCCUCUCUGCUCUUACACUCUGUGAAAAGGACCAUAUUGCCUUCGAGACAGCCUACCAGAUUGUACUGGACGCAGCGGCGACGGGGAUGAGCUACACGCAGCUGUUCACUAUAGCACGCUACAUGGAACACCGGGGUUACCCCAUGAGGGCGUAUAAGCUGGCGACGUUAGCCAUGGCUCAUCUGAACCUCAGUUACAACCAGGACACACACCCGGCCAUCAACGAUGUGCUGUGGGCCUGUGCGCUCAGCCACUCGCUAGGGAAAAACGAGCUAGCUGCCGUUAUCCCCCUAGUGGUCAAGAGCGUGAAGUGCGCCACCGUGCUCUCGGACAUUUUGCGGCGGUGCACGCUGACCACGCCGGGCAUGGUGUCGGCACUUCACAGCCGCAGGAACUCUGGGAAGUUAAUGUCCCUGGACAAGGCGCCGCUCAGGCAGCUGCUGGACGCAACCAUCGGGGCUUACAUCAACACCACACACUCGCGGCUAACACACAUCAGCCCGCGCCACUACAGUGAGUUCAUAGAGUUCCUGGGUAAGGCCCGGGAGACGUUCAUGAUGGCUCACGACGGACACAUUCAGUUCACCCAGUUCAUAGACAACCUAAAACAGAUCUACAAGGGCAAAAAGAAACUUAUGAUGCUAGUGAGGGAGAGGUUCGGCUGAGAGGGAGGCUGACCUCCCCAUCUAGUACUUUUAUAUUAACUUGAGUCUGCCUUUUGAACUUCUUUUGGACUUAUAAAAUAGACAAAUAAAAAGAGGGAUGUGACUUGUAGAAUGAAGCAAAAAGAGAACGGAAAAGAUGACAAAAAAAUCAACAGAGCCACACGCGGUAUUAUUGUUCUUGCUGUUGUUAUUGUUAUAAACAUUAUUACUAUUAUUAUUAUUAAUAAUAUUAUUACUACUAUGUGUACAGAAGUGUUUUUAUUUUUCAGAAGAGAGGAAAUUUGUCACGUUGUGAAUGUUGUAUGUAUUUCUCUACAUGUGUGUGAGAGGAAAAUGAAAAGUGAAAUUGCUUUUUUUUUUAUUUUAGUUCUUUUAUUUUUAUGAUUUAAAGCAUCCUUUUUUCCCUUUUUUAAGUGUACAUUGAGUUAUAUAUUGUCAAGUGGCUGAAGCCCCUUCUUCAAUAGCACUCAUGUAAAAACAUAAAAAAGAAGAAGAAAAAAACCUAAGUCUCGGCAUCCUCAAAGAGAAACUAAGGCUUUAAACCUCACAGAGCACCUCCCCUUGUCCAGGCCCUCAGCAGUGGGUGCUGGGCAGCAAUGCACAGCUUUGCUCGGCUCGGCUCGGCUCGGCACAGCUUGGGUUAGCACUGACAGAAAGCCGCCAUCAGCAUUUCUUUAGACACAGCAGUAGCAGCAGCAGCAGCACUUGAGCAGCCAUUAGUUUUCUCUGGGUCCCAGGCAUUAGCUUCAUUACACACAACAAUGCUCUUAGCUAACUCAUGUUAUUGUCGAAACCCCCCGACCCACCUCCAUAAUGACUACCUGUUUAAGACAGAGGACAGUACGCAGGCAAUACAGUGAUGGCACAUUACACAAAGAUAAAGAGUAUUAUUGUUACAUUCACGUAAUGUUGUACAGCUGUGUUUUCUUUACACCCCAAGUUUGAGUUAAUACACUUUAUAUUUGAGUUUUCUAGUUGAAGUAGAUACCCAGAGGGAGACGACUACCUCAUGAAAUGGUAACUUGCUCCCCCCACCCUCCUUUUUUUUGGUUGCUAUCAUGAUAUGUAUCAUCUAUGAUAGCUGACAUUUUUCGUUAAGGAGAGUCACUAGUGAGGUUAUGAGGAGAUGUGGAGUUGGAGUGUUUUCUGCGCUGGACUCUGCUGUACGUCACUGCCCCGGCAUCGGUACUUACACCCCCACAAUUGGCUCUAACAGACUUGUAAGAUGCUUCAGUAUGUCAGUCCCCUCUCAUCUCUUACAGCCACCAUUGUACGGUAUUUUCAGACUAGGCCAGUGUCAUUUCCCUCUGUGCAUGUGAAUCAUAGAAAUUAGACUCUCUACUGUUAAAGUUCAUUGUGUGGAACCUUCAGUAAUUGUCAACCAGAACGUUCUCAGGGAUUUCUCUACACAGGAAAAAAGGCGGAACAAAUGAACGACUGACUACAGGAAAAAGACAAAAACAUGACACAACAUGAGCGAGCAUUUAUUGUACUCUGUAUAUAUGCCAUAGUAUAUGUCUGAAUAUGGAGGAUCUGAAAGUAUAUGUUAACUAAUUUAUACAGAGUAUUCUAUGUAAUGUGAAAUACUUGAAGCCGCUGUAGUUUGCUCUCUCUCUCUCGUUCUCCUUCUCUCUUUUGUCUUCUCUUUUCUUUUCUCUUUUGUUGAAAACAACAUAUCAGAAAGACUGACUUUGUUGAUGGUCGAUUUGGACUCACAGGGCCUCAUUUGUUCAUAUGUGGGACGCUGGAUCUCAUCAUGAAAUGCAGGUUGAUUCAAAUUGGGGAUGGCGGAGGAAAACAAUGUUGUUCAUUCCUUGCGACAAAAUCAUGGAAAUGGGGUGGAGAUAAAUUACCUUUGACAAUUGGUUGAUAAAUGUUUGAAAACACAAUACAGAACUUAAUUAUGCAUGUAAGCUGUUGCACUAGCCUAGUUCUCCAUAGGAUGCUAUGGGGAAAUAAAACUGUAAUGUACUUCAAACAGGAGCUGAUUGGAGAUUAAUCUGCCUGAAAAUCAUGUAUUUUGUGUUCAGCCUUACAUGCAUUGAAUACAUUGGCUGAUGUCAGCCUCAUGGUGCAAUGCUUGUCAGAGCAACUUCAUAGUUGUGCAGCUCAACAAGACUUGCAUUGAUAAUUAUGCACAGUUUCCAUCCAGCUAAGAAUAAAAAAACUACUCAGUUCUCCCUUUCAUUCAACGCAGCAUUUCCGGUGUCUCCUCCGCAAUGUUCAGCUGUCCUAUCAUUACUUGCCUUUUUACCUUCUUCAUACGUCUCAUUUUUCUUUUUCUGUGCAUCUUUUUCUAUCUUGUGUUCAUUAAAGAUAAAAGCAGCCUUUUCUCUUGCCUUGUCUUAACGCUUUAAAGUAACCAAACAGGAGAUCUAUCUAACAACCAAACGCGUUCUAAGAGGUGAGACAACCCACCUUGGUCCCAGCUUUAGUGUCCUUAAUUAGUAAGUGAAUGGCUGUGUAACUCAUGCUUUAACAAAGCAAUUCCUCACGUGUGUUUGGUGAAAAAAUACGUUGUCCAGUGUCUCUUGUUCUCUUCAGAAACAAUUUCCUCUGAGUCUUUCUAGCUGUUUUUUUCUUUUUCUUUUUUUUUUUGUGUAGAAAUCUUCUGCGCUCCCAUUUUAUUUAUUACAAUGACCCAUGUAUACAUGCUUAUGAAAUUAAGAUUUGAUACACCGAUAUCAAUUUAUUUAUGUAACUAAAUCACUGUUUUAUAAUCUUGUUAAUGAGUCAAUAAUUGAUUUUUUUUGUUUUUGUUUUAAUAAAAGUUAGUUUUUUGAAAUGUA